GUGUGACGUGACGCUGAGCGGCUCGACAGGAAACUAAACAAGGAAUCCGGAUUUGAACUAUCUUACGUGUCAUUAUCAGAGAUUCAGUCAUUCACAAACCUCCUGGAGACUUCUGCUGCACAAAACCCUUAAAGCUAGUUGCUGUCUAACCAUUGAUGAGCUUUGAUCACCCUGCUGACGGUUGCUAACGGCAGAAGCAUGAAGGCUUUGAUCCUGGUUGGGGGUUACGGGACCCGGCUGCGACCGCUAACUCUGAGCGUCCCCAAACCGCUGGUGGACUUCUGCAACAAACCCAUCCUGCUGCACCAGGUGGAGGCACUAGUCAAGGCCGGGGUGGACCAUGUGAUUCUGGCGGUGAGCUACAUGUCAGAUCUGCUGGAGAGAGAGAUGAGAGUCCAGGAGGAGAGACUUGGGAUUCGUAUCUCUCUGUCUCAUGAGAAGGAGCCUCUGGGAACUGCGGGCCCCCUGGCGUUGGCUCGGGAGCUGCUGAAUGUCGACAACGAGCCGUUCUUCGUCCUCAACUCGGACGUCAUCUGUGAUUUCCCCUUCAAAGAUCUGCUGCAGUUCCACCACAACCACGGCAAGGAGGGAACCAUCGUGGUAACGCGGGUGGAGGAGCCCUCUAAGUACGGCGUGGUGGUGUUUGAGGCAGACAGCGGCAGGAUACAUCGCUUUGUCGAGAAACCGCAGGUCUUUGUCUCCAACAAGAUCAACGCCGGCAUAUACAUCUUUAAUCCCAGCAUGCUCAGCAGGAUCCAGCUGAGACCAACAUCCAUAGAGAAAGAGAUAUUUCCUGUCAUGGCGGAGGAGGGACAGCUGUACACCAUGGAGCUACAGGGUUUCUGGAUGGACAUCGGUCAGCCUAAAGACUUCCUGACAGGGAUGUGUAUGUACCUUCAGUCGCUAAGACAACACGCUCCCGAGAGGCUACGCACGGGGCCCGGUUUCCUAGGCAACGUCCUGGUUGACCCGACAGCGCAGAUUGGGGAGAACUGCACCAUCGGCCCGAAUGUCACAAUCGGUGCUGGCGUGGUCGUGGAGGACGGCGUGAGGAUAAAACGCUGUACGGUGAUGAAGGGAGCGCGGGUUCGAUCGCACUCCUGGCUGGAGAGCUGCAUCGUGGGGUGGAGCUCCUCCGUAGGCCAGUGGGUUCGCAUGGAGAACGUGACGGUGUUGGGGGAGGAUGUGAUCGUGAACGACGAGCUUUACCUGAACGGUGCCAACGUGCUGCCCCACAAAUCUAUCAACGAGUCGGUCCCAGAGCCACGGAUCAUCAUGUAGCAGCAGGCGGAGUGAGAAAAGCAACAAGGCCUUUUAUACAAAGCUCGACGAAACACCGAAACCUGUGCCAGAGAGAGAGAGAGAGGGACGAACAAACUGAAGGAGGAGAGAUAAAGAGAACAGGAGAAGGUUGUCGUCUUUUUUUAAUUGAUUUGGACUCGUUUUUAGCCCUGCUUGGCUGCACCGUCCAUCAAUCAGGCACGAUGGCGUAAGCAUGAUCUGUCAUACAGCAGGAAGGUUAAUACUUCUGUCAGAGCUGCAGGUAAAACAUCAAACACUAAUGUCUGAAUGUGGCGGACGGUAAUUGUCUUGUGUGAACCCUGCUUUAAUAGAGAGAGUGGGUGAGGGAGGGGGCUGAUAUGGUUGUCUGUCAGAUGGUGGAGGGACUAAUGUGAAGUGUAUUCAUGGGGGAGCGGGUUAGAGAGCGAUAUGAACACUGCUGUUUAGAUUCACUAUGCAUUUACAUUUCCUGGACGGCUACACAGAACAGGCAUUGAGGAUCAUACUACUCUCUGCUGUUGCAGAGGCUGGAAUCAUGACUAAUGACAAUGGAAUUUCUGAUCCGACAUAUUCAACUAGUAUAGUUAGUCAAUGGUUAUAGCAGUUAAAGCUGUAUUCAUAUAGAUAAUGAAUGGCCUGUUGGGGGGCAGGGUUAUGGCUAGAAAGGAUCCGUCUUGUGUAAAACUCUCGCGAGAGUUUGUAUGUGUUUGUGAGAGCCAGUGUUCAUGUAUUUACGUUCUGCAGGCAUCCUGUAUCUCUACACUUGUGGAAAGGUUGCAUUUGAAGUUCUGUGUGACAUUUUUACAUGUUAAUUUGAAUGCAGUGUGUGAUUUGUUUUAGAUUAAGGUUCUAGUAAUGUAAUGAAGUCAUGAAUCAAGUUCAAGGUUAA